AUGGCGAUGCUUGCAUUAUUCAUAACCAACCAACACGGAAGCUUGAUAUAUUACAAGAGCCUCAACGGUAGAGACGCGUUCUCGUCAAACGAUGCUAUUCGGCUAGCAAGCACACUUCACGGGCUUUCUACGAUCGCUCCCAAGCUUUGUGUGCCAAAUUUAGGUCAAGAACCAUCAUUGCUCCCGCAGCCUAAAGGGAUCACAUAUAUCGAAUCCAACUCUUUCAGAUUACAGUGCUUAGAAACUUUAACAGGACUCAAGAUCUGUAUGGUAUGUACCUCUCGUGGACCUUCUAAGGAACAUAUCAACGUUAUUCUGAGCUACGUCUACGAGCUCUACGCUGACUUCGUACACAAGUGUCCCUUCCACCAGCCGGACAUGCCAGUUCGGUCAGAAUUGUUCGACGAACAUAUCUCAGCUUACUUCAAGGAACUAAACGCAUAA